AUAAUUGUCUCCAUCUGAACAUGAAAUGUGACCAAGCAAAUCUAAUACCCAAGAAGGGUAGCUAAAGAAGAAUCCCUCAUCCUUGUGCCUGGUAAGGAACCUAACCGAUACACCAAUGGUUGCUUGAAAGAUAUCCCAUGGAGACACUAAUGAGCAACAACUCUUGCAGGGAUUACUGGGGGGUUCAAGAAUUAGUUCCGAAUAACUUCUAUUAGAGUUGAACAAUCAUCUCUUGAAGAUGGCCUUGGAAGGUUAAAGUCCUUCUGCCAGAGACAUGCCGAGAAACAAUAGUUUUUUACACAAUUACUAAACCUGACCCGAACUAACGGUUAAUCUUAGUAACCAAGGUCAGGUUUUAUCUCAAACUAGUUCAGAGGUUGAUCCGGUAAAAACCGGGUUAAUCUAUUUACACCUUGUUAACUUGAUUGAUCUAACUAAACUCAAUGAUACCCUGCAUAGUUAAUUUCUAGGAUUUUCAAAAUGAUAAUAUUUUGGUUUUUAAAUUUUUUUUUUUUAUCUAAAACAACAUGGUUUUUAGGAUUGAUCCUACAAACCAACAACCUAAACCUUUGAGCAGUUUGAUAACUAUGAUUUUACAGAAUCAUCAGCAGAUUCAUGUUGAACAUUAAUCCUUGCUUAUUAUGCUAACACUUCAAAAUAAAUAUGCUACCAUAGCUGUAACUAACUAGGCAAGUGUGUUAAUUGACAAAUAUUUGAUCUAUUUAAAAUAUUAAAAGCAUUCAUGUUAAAAGAAUUCUAUCCAGAAUUGAUCUAUUUAAAAAAAAAAUUAUUUUUUUUAAUUAAUCCGUAUUAACCUAUGAGACAUUCUACCUGGAUAUAUAAAUUGGGUUUAAUAUCCAUACUUUCAACAAAUGCAAUCCCACCAUGACAAAGCCACAAAACAAAGAGUAGAUUAGAUAGAGAGGCCCAUCACUUUCUUACCGUUGCACUUCUCCUGGCCCUAUUGACCCCCACAAUUCCCACCCUAAGAAUUCAAAAGGCAACAAAAACCCUGUCUCUCCAACGGCUCCUUUCAUUUCAACAAAACCCCAACAUCAAAAACCCUUUCCUUUCUCAAUCAAAAACCUCAAGAACCCUCUCCAAAUCUUCACAUUUACCAAGCUUUGCUUCUUCUUCUAUCUCGAAUCCCUCCAAAAUCCCCCAAAAAUCUGCCAUUAAAGCAUUCAAGAAAUGGAUACAACACCACCUUCUCAUAGGUCAAACCCCAACUCUCAAGCAAAAUCAGCCUCUCGUUUGUCAAGAAUCACAUACUCUAUCGAACCAGAAGCAAAGCCUCCACAGCUGUCUCUAGACCUUAUCCCUUCGUCGGAAAAGAAAACCCCAUCAAGUCUUUCACUCAAAUCCUCAACCAACUCUCUCCCUCUUCAAGAACAACUCCUCCUCUUUCCUUCUCCUUUGAGAAAAUCAAGAAACCGUCUUGUCGACCGGUAUGAGAUGCCGGAGGAGGGUGUUUUAGAGAAAAAUGGGUCUAGAAGGAGAUGCAAAAGUAGAGGAUCUCAGAUGGGUUCUUUAGGUUGUGCUUCACCAAGGAGUAAUAGAAGGUUAAGGAGAAGAUUGGAGGUGGAGAGUAUGGAAGAAAGGGACUUGAUUGGUUUUGUGGAUGAGGUUGGAAAAGUGAGAAAGAGGAGACAUAGCGGCCGGUCUAAGAAGGAGAAGGAGAAGGAGAAGCUCUCUUUAGUCCCUUCAUUGCCUUCUUCUAGCACCACUCCAAUUGAUGAAGGUGAUGGAGUCAAUUUGGAGAGGAUUGGGAUGGUUGUUUAUAAUCUGAUAAUGUGGAAAGAUGUGGCAAAAUCAAGUCUUUGGUUUGGUCUUGGAUGCCUAUGUUUCUUGUCUUCCUGCUUUGCUAAAGGGAUUAGCUUUAGCAUUUUCUCUGCCAUUUCACAACUCGGGCUUCUGUUUUUGGGUGUAUCAUUCCUCUCGAAUUCGAUAUGUCAAAGAAACAGUGUUGAGAAGCUGAGAAAAUUUAAGCUGACAGAAGAGGACAUUUUGAGAGUGGGUAGAUUGAUACUUCCAGCUGCAAAUCUUGCAAUUUUAAAGACAAGAGAUUUAUUCUCAGGAGAGCCAUCCAUGACCCUCAAAGUGAUUCCUUUCUUGCUUCUUGGUGCGGAGUAUGGUCAUCUUGUAACUUUGAGGAGGCUUUGUGGAAUUGGGUUUUUCAUUAGCUUCACCAUACCAAAACUAUUUGCUUGCUAUUCUAGUCAGAUUAACCAGAAAGUUGAGCACUUGAAAUGCCGGAUGAUGGAAGCAUGGAGAGCUUGUUUUCACAAAAAGAUGGUGGCAGCAUCAGCAGUCACAGCUUUCUGGAAUCUGUCAAGUGUCAAAACCCGUAUAUUUACUGCAUUUAUAUCUUUGGUAAUACUACGAUGCUGCCGGCAACAACUAAUGCCAAGCCAGGAAGAAGGCGGGUUACAGCCAACACAAGUAGAAGGGGAAGCAGAAGGAGAACAAGAGCCAAAACAGGCAGGAGUGGCCUCCCUAAAUCAGUAGGCAUCUUUGCCAUUUCUAACAACAAUAACUUGCACUUUAAGCAGAAUAUGAGAGGCAUUGUGUUGUCCUCUAUAAAACUAACACUUACUGUGGACAAAGAACGAUCCCUCCAUUUUAUUAUGUACAAAUAAAAAGAUAUCGUAUUUCAAUCCAUUUAUUAUGUAAAUGGAAAUAAAGUAUAUGAAUGAAGGUAGGUCUUGCAAGAA